AUGGAGGGCGCCGAGCCCCGCGCGCGGCCCGAGCGCCUGGCAGAGGCCGAGGCGCGGGCGGCCGACGGCGGGCGCCUGGUGGAGGUGCAGCUGAGCGGCGGCGCCCCGUGGGGCUUCACCCUGAAAGGCGGCCGCGAGCACGGCGAGCCGCUGGUCAUCACCAAGAUUGAAGAAGGAAGUAAAGCCGCAGCAGUGGACAAGUUACUGGCAGGAGACGAGAUUGUCAGCAUCAAUGACAUUGGUCUCUCCGGGUUUAGACAGGAAGCGAUUUGCCUGGUGAAGGGGUCCCAUAAGACCCUGAAGCUGGUGGUAAAAAGGAGGAAUGAGCUGAGCUGGAGGCCGCACUCCUGGCACGCCACCAAGUUCUCUGAUAGCCACCCCGAGACGCCGGCCUCUCAGUUCUCCUCUGCCAGCGUCUGCCCUUCUUGGCACGGCCGCCACCACGCGAGUUCCUCCUCCCAGGACCUGUCAGGCGCGUGGGAGCAGACGAAUCUGCAGCGGACCUCGGACCACUUCAGCUCCCUGGGCAGCGUGGACAGCCUGGACCACCCCUCCCAGCCCUACCCCUCCGGACGCCUCUCGGCUGCCAAGUCCAACAGCAGCAUUGACCACCUGGGCGGCCCGAGUAAGCGAGACUCGGCCUACGGCUCGUUUUCCACCAGCUCCAGCACGCCUGACCACACCUUGCCCAAGGCCGACGCCUCAUCCACUGAGAACAUCCUCUACAAAGUGGGCCUGUGGGAGGCGUCCCGGCCAGGCGGCCGGCAGGACCCUCAGGGCUUGGAGGAGAGGCUCGGCUAUGUCCCAGCCCGGCUGCCCUGUGACAGCAGCCGAAGCCCCAGGCCGGAGGAUGGGCCUGAGCCCAAGCUGGCCACUUCUGGGAGGUCCAGUUUUGGGCCCGUCUGGUAUGUUCCCGACAAGAAAAAAGCACCUUCUUCCCCUCCCCCGCCCCCUCCCCCUCUCCGAAGUGAUAGCUUUGCUGCCACCAAGAGUCACGAGAAGGCCCAGGGCCCUCCGUUCUCAGAGGCGGCCACCACCCAGCGCUUUCUGGGCCUGACCCGGGCUCAGCCCCGUGGCGACUGGAGGCCGGAGCCCGCUGACCAGCCGCGGAGGCUGGCACAGCCCAGCGAAGGGAGACCUGGGAGCUCUGGCUGUGCAUCAGAUGCCCACCUGGAUUGCGGGUGGCCCUCGUCCAACGCUGGAGCCCCCAGCCGACUUCAGGCUUCUCUGUCCAGCACAGACGUGCGUUUCCCGCCGUCUUCCUAUGGGUGCCGCCACCUGCGCCAGUACAGUGACGAGAGUCCCUUCUUCCACGAGGGCUCCAGGGCUGCCCCGCUGCCCAGGGAGCAGCCACAGGGGGCCCUGGCAGUGGGCCGGCAGGAGCGUCCCGCCCACUGCUUCCAGGACGACAGCCCUCCUCAGGCCAGGUGGCCCCAUGCUGCCGACGAGAAGGGGGACAGCGGUGGGCAGAGCCACUUCUACUGUGUGACCACAAGGCAGGGUCUUCAGGGGAGUGCACAGAUGGCAGAGCUCCGUGAGGACGACUGGCAUUGUGACACGCCUCUGGGCGCCCACGAGUGUCCUGCCACACACUCAGCCGGCCCGAAAACCCACUGUCUCCUUCGUCAGCAUGACGAGGCCCUGUACGCCCAGGACGGGGAGAGGGGAGGCCCAGCGGACAGAGGAGCAGGGGGCCACUUGCCGGGAAGCGAGGAGCCGCCGAGAGCGAGCCAUGGUGACAGGACCAGUGUGAAGAAAGUCGCUGACAUCUUCAAGUGGGCCGACGGGGACAGCAGCAAGAUCUCUGCUCACAAGACGCCCAUGCUGCACUCACUGACCCAGGAAGGGAAGCGCCGGCCCGCAGACGGCCAGGGGGCCACUGACAGGCCGCCACCCUUUGAUGGCCAGGUGGGAAAACCCACGCGGAGGAGUGACCGGUUUGCCACCACCCUGAGGAACGAGAUCCAGCUGCGGCGAGCCAAGCUGCAGAAAAGCAAGAGCACCAUGACACUGGCUGGACCCGACGAGGCGGAGGGAGAGGCUGGCAGCUGGACGGCAGCCCUGGUGGGGGCUGCCCCUGAAGCUGCUUUCCCAGGCACCUAUAAGGACCACCUGAAGGAGGCCCAAGCCCGUGUCCUGAGAGCCACAUCAUUCAAGCGCCGUGACUUGGACCCCAGCCCAGCUGACAGUUACGCUGGCUCAGCAGAACCCAGGGCCGGGGACCACCGUGCAGAUGCGGACGCUCCCUCCCGCUUCGGGGAGGCGGGCUCCGCCAGACUGCCCUCGUCCACCGGUGGCGUGUCGCAUGUGGCCCGCAUCGGGGGCCGCAAACGGUUCACGGUGGAGCAGAAACUGAAGUCGUACUCGGAACCCGACAAGAUGAACGAGGUUGGGCUCUCCGGGGGUCGCCGCUCCCGCCCACACGCCGAGGAGACCGUGGGGACGUUUGCCGACAGAUGGAAGUUUUUUGAAGAAACCAGCAGGCCGUUUGCACAGCGGCCCAGGCCUAGGCAAGCACUGCCUGGACUCCCGAAGGAGAAGCUGGAGCGGCCACGGACCGCGGGCCCCGGGGGUGAGGGGACCGAGCCUUGGUUCCAGGAGAGGACCCGCACCACCUCCUUCGGGGAAAAUGCCGGGGGUCCCAGGAAAGCGGGAAAGGCGGGGAAGUCCGAACCGCCGCACAGGCUCGGAACCUUUGCAGAGUAUCAAGCCUCUUGGAGGAAACAGAGGAAAGCCUCGGAAGCCAGGGGCUCUGGGAGGUAUCACUCGGCCGAUGACAUCCUGGACGCCGGUCUGGACCAGCAUGAGAGGCCGCCGUUCGUUCACGAGAGGUCCCGUUCGUCACCGUCCACAGACCUCUACAAACAGGAAGCUCGUAUGGAACCGCGGCGGCAGGCGGAGAACCCUAGUGAGCACAGAAAACUUCCCUCCACCGUUCAGUCCGAGGAGGCACGUCCCACCCCGAGACAAGCAGAUGCCCAGUGUCGAGAAGGCAGUCCGGGAGCACAGCAGGACCCACGGAAGCCGUCCCAGGUGUCUGAGCAGUCUCCCACGCGGGAAGCUCCACAGGAGGCCCGGGAGGGCCGCAGCCGAGCAGGGACUCUACCUCGCGAUUACAGGUACUCAGAGGACCACGCGCCCGCAGACCCCCCGCCACCGCAGCCGCCGGGCCUGGGACCGCAAGUGCAGAGCAGCCUCUCGGCCCCGCACGCCCGGGGGCAGGACCCGCGGCCCGUGACCGCUGCACCCGCACCGCUCACCAAGAGACCAGCCCCGCAGAGGCCGCCACCGCCCAAGCGCGAGCCCAGGCCUUUCAGGGGCCCCACGAGCACCACACCUGCUGGCCCUCCUGCGGCCAAUCACCUGGCCUCGCCUGGCAGGCCCGUCCCCUCGCCGUGCCCCGCGGCCCUGGAGGUGUGCGCGGACCGCCUGUCCCUCUCCCGGAGCCCCUGUGCCUUGGCGGACAAGCGCAGCGGAGCCCAGCCUGCAAACGGCCCGAAGGCCCCCGGGGAGCACGACAGGCCGCAGGUAGAUGAGCACCCAGCCUGUCCUAAGCGGGACGCCCUGCUCCCUUCCAAGUUCCGGCCCCUGCAGACAUCCGCCAUGGAAACGUCUCGCUCUCCUUCUCCUCAGUUUGCCCCCCAGAAGUUGACUGACAAGCCUCCCCUGCUCAUCCAGGACGAGAGUUCCACAAGAAUCGAGCGGGUGAUUGACAACAACACCACCGUAAAGAUGGUACCCAUCAAGAUUGUGCACUCGGAGAGCCAGCCGGAGAAGGACAGCCGCCAGGGCCUGGCCCACACCGCCGAGCCGCCCAUGCUGCCCAGCGGCCUGAAAAGAGACCAGAUCAAGACGCUAAGCACGUCCGAGCAGUCCUACUCACGCUUCUGCGUGUACAGCCGCCCAGGUGCUGAGCCCGAACCCCGCACCCAGCCCCCCGCCGCCAGCGAUGGCCGGACCUCCCCGCCGGCCCUCAGCUACGUGAAGGCACGAGAGAGGACAGCUGAAGACCUGAAGUCGGAGGAGCUGGCCCGGGAGAUCGUGGGCAAGGAUAAGUCCCUGGCUGAGAUCCUGGACCCCAGCGUGAAGAUCAGGACCACCAUGGACCUGAUGGAGGGCAUCUUCCCCAAGGACGAGCACCUCUUAGAAGAAGCUCAGCAGCGGAGGAAGCUGCUCCCCAAGAUCCCCUCUCCCAGAACCACGGAGGAGAAGAAGGAAGAACCGAGCGUGCCGGCGCCUGUGUCCCUGGCUACCAAUUCCACCUACUACAGCACGUCGGCCCCCAAGGCAGAACUGCUAAUUAAGAUGAAGGACCUGCAGGAGCAGCAGGAGCCCGAAGAGGAUUCGGGAAGCGACUUGGACCACGACCUGUCAGUAAAGAAGCAGGAGCUGAUUGAGAGCAUUGGGCGCAAGCUGCACGUGCUCCGGGAAGCCCGGGAGAGCCUGCUGGAGGACAUCCAGGCCAACAGCGCGCUUGGGGACGAGGUGGAGGCCAUUGCCAAAGACGUCUGCAAACCCAACGAGUUUGACAAGUUCCGGAUGUUUAUUGGGGACCUGGACAAAGUGGUGAACCUUCUGCUGUCGCUGUCGGGUCGCCUGGCCCGGGUAGAGAACGCCCUCAAUAAUUUGGACGACAGCACUUCUCCUGGUGAUCGGUCGCUGCUCGAGAAGCAGCGGGUCCUCGUCCAACAGCAUGAGGACGCCAAGGAACUCAAAGAGAACCUGGACCGCCGGGAACGCGUCGUGUUCGACAUCCUGGCCAGCUAUCUGAGUGACGAGAGCCUGGCCGAUUAUGAGCACUUUGUGAAGAUGAAGUCAGCCCUUAUCAUCGAGCAGCGGGAGCUGGAGGAUAAGAUACACCUGGGUGAAGAGCAGCUCAAGUGCUUGCUCGACAGCCUUCAGCCCGAGAGGGGCAAAUAAGAGAGCCCUCCUCGCGGGGCACGGAGCCGGGCUUUCCACCCCGUCGCCCAGGGCCACGAUUUGUGUCCUCUCGUGAGACUCCCCCCAUAGCGAAAUGGCAGUCACAAAAGCAAUAACUCUCGUGUUGGUUUGGGAUGGUUUAUUUAAUUGUUGAGUUUCCCUUCUGAAUGCUGAGCAGAGUGGCUCACGUUGGCCAUUUUCCCUUACAAGCGACUCACACGUGCCACUCGGCUCUGGUGGACGGCGAGUUUCUGCAGUAUAGACUGUGGACUCUGGUCCCGUAGUGCACACAAGUGGUCGUUCGCUGUGGCCGGCCCACCCUUCCUCCCGCCUUCAGAUGCUGAACCAACCACUCGGGAAGCAACCGAGGGAGUCUUUAAGGGGCAUGAGAUGGGAACCCUGGGCGCGCGUCAUGUCAUGUGAUCCAUCCGAGGCAUGGGCUGCCGUGUUUUAUCCCUGUCCGUCCAAUGGUGUUGAGCGUUCACUGUCUCCAUCUCAUAUAAUGAUGUUCUCUGACCCAGCAAAAACCAUGAUGAUGAUAAUUUAUUAACAUUUCGGAAAGAGGAAUCGUUUCCGAGGGGUUAAAAACCAACUGUGAAAUGAAUAACCUACGUGUUGGGCUCACUCAUUCUAAAAUCACCCCUUAACUUGGGUGCAUGCUUUAAAACUCACGCACAGAGCACAUAGCGUUAGUACGUGUCACCUGACAGCACGGGUCAAAUGUUUUCCUACGACGUGAAAUGACUUGGUUAAAAGUGUGUCCAGUAGUGAUGUGUUUGCUAGAUGUUUGUUUCUUGACACCAACAGCUUAUUUCUGAAAUUGCUUUUUCCCCACAUUUGUUUUGUGUGCAUAUGGUCAUUAAUAAUUGGCUACUUUUCUCUUUGUGCCUCUUGAAAUCUGUCACCAUGCUGUGAGGGCCGCGUUUCGUUUACUCUGGUUUUUCAGAGUCUCCGUGGACUGUACGAUGUUGCCAGAGAGUUUACUCGGCCCUUUUCCUUGGUUGACAUCACAAGGUUCUAAAGGGUCUAUUCACUUAAAAAACAAAACGCUGUCAUGCUGUCGAUAUCCAGUUGACAAGUCACAGACUGGGAGGAAAUGUUUGCAAAUCACCUAUGUGACAAAGGAAUUGUGCCCAGAAUAUGUAACUCUGAGAACAAACAGCUCAAUUAAAAUGUGGGCAAAAAAUUUCACCGAAGAGGAUGAUACAUGGGUGGCAAAUAAGCAUCGGUAAAAGAUGAGCAACUGCCAGUGGCUUGAGUUUCACUGACUGAUUUUUACCUAAAUCAUCGUAGGCACAUUUCUUCACAGAUGCUCAUCUGAUUCAACGCGUGAUUACUGGAAGGAGAACCCCUUGGAUGAGUUCAUGUCAAGGUAAUAUUGGGAGAUUUGUCUGCUGGAGGGAUCAGUUUAAUCCUUGUUUUCCCUUAUUCCCAUCAAGGAAGUUUUCCAACAGGUGGGGAGAUAGCUCUGUCAGCAGUGACUCCUGCCUUACCAAACACACAUGCACACAAAUGUCGUAAAGACAGGUGUCCUGCUUCAUGAGCCAGACUCCUGUGCCGCUGUCCUCUCAUCCGUGUGCUCGGGAAAGGGGUCCAAACGGGCACGCCUCAGUGAUGCAGCCAACAAACACUCUUUUUGGCAACCUACCCACGCCAAAAAGAGGAACGCUCUUUCAGACGUUUUCAUUCCUAUUAAAUUAUAUCUGACUUGAAAAACCUGCCAAUGAAGUGCCCUCUUCCUUUCCGCCUGGUGUUGUCACUUGCUGUGAAAACGGGUCACGUCGGAGAAGGUUCAGCUGGCUGUCCACGGACCUCUAUCUCUCUCCUCUGGGGAGACAACCACAGUGAUUCUGGUGUGUUUGGUUUCUCAUUUAGACAAAGCUUUUAUCUGUGAUUCUUUCUCCUCUGCUCCAAUAUUGUGAUCGUUUUGAUGAUAUGAGUGUAAAACGUGAAUAAUAGAAUUUCUGUGUCUGUAUCCAGCCUUCUGAUGGCUCUUGAGGACUUCCAUAUACAUAGCAAUAUAGACGCCUUCCCCCUUUGAGCAGAGCACCUGUGAUCACAACAGUCCCACCCAUUCCCGUUUGCCUCUUGAAUGUCUGAUGAGCAGGGACCCAAAGAUCCUAGUGAGUCAUUGUACAGAACUUUGUAUAUAGUUCUCUCACUGCACAUGAAAACACUCUGGUGCUAAUAUUUCACCCUUGACAUUCUUAGGUGGUGGCUCUUUCCUCACCCUGUCGUAGCUCAGCCGUGGAAUGCUCUGUGUAGGGAGUUUUCAGUCAGAGCCAUUGCCUGCGGCUUGUGUCCUGCAGUUCACCGUGGAAAAUGUGUACAGAUUUCAUGCUCAACACUUACCACUUACCGCUCAACAGAUCAUCCUGCUUCACUUUAACAAAAUAAAUAGUGUCUUUGAGUGACUGGAGUGUGUCUUUGAUUGGCCUACUCUACAUCUCCUUAUAAAGACUCAGAAUGUCCUCAUCAUAUGUCAUAAGCCUUUGACAGUUGUGGGGUUGAUUGUAUGUGUGUAACUAUUUAUACCAGUCUAGGUAAGGCCAAACAUUUUGCAAUCAGGAAAGGUCAGGGACACGGCUUGUAUAGCUUAGCUGCUGCCAUGGUAAUGCUGCGUAACAAACAACCAUAACAUCUCGGCAGUGUCCAUGGAGAAGUAUGUCUUUAGCUUGUGAAUCUGUACGUGAGCGGGCUGUCCUCCAUGAGCCUGUCAUCUUCCUCCUGGGGCCAGCUGUCUGGCCUGGGCGUGUCCAUGGCAGGUGCACACGAGAACAAGCCCAGUGACAAAGGUGCUUUUCACGUGUCUGGUCCCAGCACACCUGCUAAGCUGCCACUGCCUGAGCAAGUCCCACUGCUGAACCCAAAGUCAAAGUGGGUGGGACGUG